CCGCCCCCCGCCCGGGAGCCGCAGCCGCCGUCGCCGCCACUCCCGCUCUCUCCGCGCUGCCGCCACUGCCGCCGCCGCCGCCGCCGCCGCCGCCACAGGCUGAGUCUGCAGCCCCGAGAUCUCAGCCAUCAUGUCGAUAGAGAAGAUCUGGGCCCGGGAGAUCCUGGACUCCCGUGGGAAUCCCACGGUGGAGGUGGAUCUCCACACGGCCAAAGGUCUUUUCCGGGCUGCAGUGCCCAGUGGAGCCUCCACUGGUAUCUAUGAGGCCCUGGAGCUGAGGGAUGGGGACAAGCAGCGUUACUUAGGCAAAGGUGUCCUGAAGGCAGUGGACCACAUCAACACCACCAUUGCUCCUGCCCUCAUCAGCUCAGGUCUCUCUGUGGUGGAACAGGAGAAGCUGGACAAUCUGAUGUUGGAGCUGGAUGGGACUGAGAACAAAUCCAAGUUUGGGGCCAAUGCCAUCCUGGGUGUGUCCCUGGCCGUGUGUAAGGCAGGGGCGGCCGAGCGGGACUUGCCCCUGUAUCGUCACAUUGCUCAGCUGGCUGGAAACUCGGACCUCAUCCUGCCUGUGCCGGCCUUUAACGUGAUCAAUGGUGGCUCUCAUGCUGGGAAUAAGCUGGCCAUGCAGGAGUUUAUGAUCCUCCCAGUGGGCGCUGAGAGCUUUCGGGAUGCCAUGAGACUUGGGGCGGAGGUCUACCACACACUCAAGGGCGUCAUCAAAGACAAGUAUGGCAAGGAUGCCACCAACGUGGGAGAUGAAGGCGGAUUUGCCCCCAACAUCCUGGAGAACAGUGAAGCCUUGGAACUGGUGAAGGAAGCCAUCGACAAGGCUGGCUACACAGAAAAGAUUGUCAUUGGCAUGGAUGUCGCUGCCUCGGAGUUUCAUCGUGAUGGCAAAUAUGACUUGGACUUCAAGUCUCCUGCUGAUCCUUCCCGAUACAUCACUGGGGACCAGCUGGGGGCCCUCUACCAGGACUUUGUCAGGGACUAUCCUGUGGUCUCCAUUGAGGACCCCUUCGACCAGGAUGAUUGGGCUGCCUGGUCCAAGUUCACAGCUAAUGUAGGGAUCCAGAUUGUGGGUGAUGACCUGACAGUGACCAACCCAAAGCGUAUUGAGCGGGCGGUGGAGGAAAAGGCCUGCAACUGUCUGCUGCUCAAGGUCAACCAGAUUGGUUCGGUCACUGAAGCCAUCCAAGCGUGCAAGCUGGCCCAGGAGAAUGGCUGGGGGGUCAUGGUGAGUCAUCGCUCAGGAGAGACUGAGGACACGUUCAUUGCCGACCUGGUGGUGGGGCUGUGCACAGGCCAGAUCAAGACUGGAGCCCCAUGCCGUUCUGAGCGUCUGGCUAAGUACAACCAGCUCAUGAGAAUUGAAGAAGAGCUGGGAGACGAAGCCCGCUUUGCCGGACAUAAUUUCCGCAAUCCCAGCGUGCUGUGAUCCCUUGACUUUGCGCGGAGACCUGGAACCCCCCUCCCGUCCUCCUGGAGCUUCUUCCUUCCUGUCCUGCUCUAGGACAUUUCACCCUGGACACCCCUGCUGACCUGCUGCACCAUGUUCCUUGGCUUGUCUGGCCCCCUGCUGUGUGCUCCCCCCCACUACCCCCCCCCCCCGCCCUGGUUCCAUACUCUCCACUUCUCUGUCCUUUCUCCUCAAAAAUUGGCCAUGGGACUGAGGAUUAUAAGGGCAUCCAGGCAGAGCAAUCAGGGUCUCACAGGUGCAUCAGGGUUGGUUGGUGAGGUGUUCAGAGAGGGGCCAUGGGUCACUGUGCUUUGUGCUGCAUCCACCCAUUUUCCAUGUCUCGGGGAGCCCAGGAAGGGCAUCAUGCCCAGGUGGAAGGGAGCGCUGGCUGCAUGAUCUAAUGCGCCUGGCCUGAGACUUUAGGGGAUUAUUUAUUUAUUUAUUGUUGAUUAGUCUUAUUGAUUGAUCGUUUCUCCCUAACUCCAGAGCCCAAAUCUGGCCUGACCGGAGUAGAUUGUGUGUGUAUUUCACGGGUCGUAGAAUCGAAGAUGGCCUGGGCUUGGGAGGUUUCUUGCUGGAACCGGAAGGGUAAACAAGGAAAGGGCCUUGGUGUCCGCCCCUUUGUGUCUACACCAGCCCUGAACCGAAGCUGGCUAGGUCGAGGUGGGGGCUGUGUACCCCGGGGACGCUUCCCCAUCACUCUCUCCUCAGCCCUGGCUUCCCUGUUCUUCCUCCAGCUGCACCAGAGCAAUGUCUUGCUCCCCUGUGCCAUGUUCCACAGUCGCCACCACAUCUGUGGCGUGGGAAUGAGCACCACCAUUAAAGUCUGAAUCACAGUG